AUGGCGACACUUCCACUGCCCAGGGAGCGCCCUGGUGGACGUACACGCUCUCACACAGGCUCAGAGGAGCCACACAGGUCGCCGCUGCUCUUCGCCGGCUCGCUCGUCGCCCGUUCGUUCGUACUCGCCGCCCUCGCUGGAACGGCUCUGCUCGUCGCGCUUGCUGCCUGGUUCGGACUGAAGGCGGCUCUCAGGGUGGACCCGGUGAUUGGGAGGGAGCGCGUCUGGCUGCAGUACGGACACUUCCGACCGCCGUACGCUGUCGUACGACUCGAGGACGGCAAGUACAGCGUACCGGGGAGGGUGUACGAUGUCAGUGUCGAGGCGAGUGUCCCGGUCAACGAGAACAACCUUGAACUCGGCAACUUCAUGGUCGCGGUGAGCCUCCUCGACAGUGCAGGAAACCGCAUCGUCAACGCUUCCCGACCGGCCCUCCUCUCGCCGACCGAAUGCCUCCUUCAGCCAGCUCCUGCCUCGAAAUCGCUCUUCCACCUCCCCUCGCUUCUCACCCUGCCCCUAUCUUUCCUUCCGAUUCCUCGCCUUCCGUCGUUGUUCGCCUCUUCUUCCCUCUUGCCCUCCCGCUGCGCCCCGCUUCAAACGCUCGACAUUCCCCUCCUCGAAUCCACCUCCUUCGUCUCACCCGUCCAGUCGUCGUCGCUCGGCUGGCUCAGGCGUCGACGCGCGACCCGGGCGCCUCGCGGAGCUGGACCGGUCAAGAGCGUGUGGGUGGAGAUCGGCCGGCGAGACGCGCAUCCGCAUCACGAGGCUUUCGAUCUGGCGGGCGUAGAGGAGGGCGAUGUGUACGAGCAGGCGGUCGUGGCGAGGAGGGGACGGGAGAACGAGCGCGGAAGGGAGAGGAGGGUGCGUGAGUUGCAGGUCCAUGAGUCGUGGUUGAGGAUCGAAGUGAAGCCGACUGGGCUCAGAUCGCUCGUCUAUUACCACCCCUACCUGUCCUUCCUCUUCUUCGUCCCCUCCUUCCUCCUUUUCGAAGGCCUCGCCGCACUCGCCGUCUGGGCCUGGUGGGUCGCCACGUCCGGCCCCUCCACACCCGCCUCUCCAGCGCCUCACGCAGCUUGGUGGACACACGAACACGAUCGCAAGGCCGCCGAAUCCGAGGAAGAGGUCAAGCCCCUCUUGACGCCUUCGGAGGUUACGACUGAGGGGGAAGAGGAGGAAGAGAGAGCGAGGAGGAUUAGGAUGAGGCUGGGAAGGGCAGGAGUCGGAAUGAGCGCGUUCGGGAUCGAGGGCGAGGAGAAGGAUCUUGAGAGUGUUGGCAGCGGGAUCAGCGAGAGGGAGGAGGCUGAGGAUGGUGGACGCGCGAGAGUGAAGGAGGAGGAUCGCGAAGAGCCAGAAUUUGGAGACACCGGGACCCUUGCAGGCUCCGCCACGACCCGCCGUACCGCCUCGACCUUCGGCCCCUCGCUCGCACCCACCACCGCGACCACUGCCACGUCCCGCACGACGGGUCUCUCUAGCGCAGGUCUGAGAGGAAGGAUGACCGGCAGCGGGGCGGACGACAGCUGA